GGGGCGCAGCGCGCGCCACGGGGCCGGUCGCGGGGGCGCGAGCGGGCGCGAGGAGGGGCGAGCUGCCGGAGGCCGGCAUGGAGCCCGCAGAGAGGAAGAGGCUCCCGUCCGCUUCCCUGGAAGGAGACCCGGGAGAAGAGAACAAAUUAAAACGAGGAAUUUCCCAAGACUCGACUUCUUCUCCCAAAUUAGACAGAUACAAAAUAGCAAGACAAUUAACAGAAAAGGCCAUCAAGGAAAAGAAGAUUUUCUCCAUCUACGGGCACUACCCGGUGAUACGGGCCACCCUUCGAAGAAAGGGCUGGGUGGAGAAGAAGUUCCACUUUUUGCCCAAGGUUAUCCCGAAUGUGGACGAUGACAAUGCAGAGGCGACGGAAUACAAACACACUGAAGGCAAAGAAAAUCAAGAAGCGGCUCUGGAGACGACAGACGACAUCCACGAUGUGAUGUCCAGGUUGGUAAAAAACGAAAUGCCGUACUUCCUCUGGACUAUCAAGAGGGACGUGGUCGACUAUCACAGCCUGAGCUGCGACCAGAUGCUGAACCACUACGGGAAGACGGCUUCCUUCACCACCAAGAUCGGGCUGUGUGUGAACAUGAGGAGCCUGCCGUGGUACGUCCAAGCCGACCCUGACUCCUUCUUCCCCCGCUGCUACGGCCUCUGCUCUGAGAGCGAGAAGCAGGAAUUCCUGGACGACUUCCGGCGCACGGUGGCCUCCAGCAUCCUCAAGUGGGUGGUCAGCCACCAGAGCCACAGCGGAGGCAAGCCCGGCGGCAGGGGGGAGGCCUGCGACCCCGGCCCCAGCAACCGGAAAGCUUCCCAGAGUGCGGACUCCCGGCUCACAGGCCUCUCGGGACAGCUCGUGGACACUGCGUGCAAGGUGUGCCAGGCCUACCUGGGGCAGCUGGAGCACCGGGACAUCGAUGUCCCCGAGGACGCCGGCAAGGGCCUCACGGAGGACGAGUGGAAGGACCUGACGGAGCAGUACUACUCCCUCAUUCACGGUGACGCCUUCAUCUCCAGCUCGAGAAACCACUUCUCGCAGUGCCAGGCUCUGCUGAACAAAAUCACGUCCGUGAACCCGCAGACGGAGAUCGACGGGCUUCGCAACAUCUGGAUCAUAAAGCCGGCGGCCAAGUCCCGGGGCCGAGACAUCGUGUGCAUGAACCGCGUGGAGGAGAUCCUGGAGCUGGUGGCGGCUGACCACCUCUCUGCCAAGGACAACAAGUGGGUGGUGCAGAAGUACAUUGAGACCCCGCUGCUCAUCUACGGCACCAAGUUCGACAUCAGGCAGUGGUUCCUGGUCACCGACUGGAACCCGCUGACCAUCUGGUUCUACAAGGAGAGCUACCUGCGCUUUUCUACACAGCGCUUCUCCCUGGAGAGCCUGGACAGCGCCAUCCACCUGUGCAACAACUCCAUCCAGAAGCACCUCAAGAAUGACAAGGGCCGCAGCCCCCUGCUGCCCUACCACAACAUGUGGACCAGCACCCGCUUCCGGGAGUACCUGCAGAAGCGAGGCCGCGGGGCCGUGUGGGUGGGCGUCAUCUACCCCGCCAUGAAGCGGGCCGUGGCCAACACCAUGCGCGUGGCCCAGGACCGCGUGGAGCCGCGCAAGAACAGCUUCGAGCUGUACGGGGCCGACUUCGUCCUGGGCCGCGACUUCCAGCCCUGGCUCAUCGAGAUCAACUCCAGCCCCACCAUGCACGCGUCCACGCCCGUCACGGCCCAGCUGUGCGCGCAGGUGCAGGAGGACACCAUCAAGGUGGUGCUGGACCGCAGGGCGGACCGCAGCUGCGACAUCGGCAACUUUGAGCUGCUGUGGAGACAGCCUGCCGUGGAGCUGCCUCCCUUCCACGGGUCCGACCUCUGCGUGGAGGGCGUCAGCGUGAGGAGAGCCCAGAAGCAGAUGCCGCCCAUCUCCAGCGUGAAUUUUCCGCCUUCCCUCUGGGACAUUCAGCCCCUGAAAGUGAGGUGCCCCUCGGCCAUGCCCAGCCCGCCUCUAGGAGCCCCCCCCACGGUGCCGCAGCAAGACCCGAGGCUGAGCGAGGCGCAGGCCGGGCCCCGCACCUUGCCCGCACCCCUCUGGAGGGCGGCCGCCAGGAGCCGCAAAGCGCAGUCCGCCACCACCCCGUCGGUCGGGAAGAUCGAGCCCCCCACUUGUAACUUCCAGCACAUAGACAGCAGGGCCCCGAAAACUGGUCCGACCAACGCUGAGUCCGACAGACCCUCGGAUCCGAAGAUACCAAACGAGCUGCCGCCUGCGCUUCCCAGCGUGAAGACGGCGGAUGGUGCCCUGCUCCAGCGGCCCAAACCGCCAGAUGGCACGUGCACAUGAUCUCGUGGGGUAGGGCUGUUGGACCUCGUCCACUGAGCCCGUGUAAGCGUGGCUAAUGGGGGUGCCCUCGGACUGCAUCCUCCCCAACGGCCAUCACUCCUGCUGUGGCCAGCGCUGGGUGUUGAGAGACCUCCUAGGGCUUGGGCCUGCCUCUGGAGACACUGCCACGAGGCUCCUUUGCCUUUCUCCGCUGACCAAUAAAAUGGCCUAUUUUCAGACGUGUGUAGGCCGUUGACUUUCCCUCUCCUAAACAGUGCCCGCUCAAACCUUUUGUCCAUUGCCCUCAGACUCACAGGUCUGUCGCUUUUGGAUUUGUGGGAGCCACGUCAACUCUGGAUUCUCCUUUUUCAGUUGACUCUUUUACAAAUACUGUCCCCCACUGUGUGAUGUGUCUUUUGCUCCUUUAUGGUAUCUUUGGAUGUAAAUCCCCCUUAAUUUUAAUAAACUUAAGCGGGUCAACUUUUCCCUCUAUGGUUGGAGACUUUUAUGCCUUACAGCCUUACCCCGAGGUCAUGAAAAUAAUCUCCAGCAGCUUCUUCUAGAGGCGCUGCUGCUCCUGCUUUUCAGUCUCUAAUGCUCCUGGAGCUAAUUUGCCUGUGGUGUGACAGGAGGUCCUCGCACAGUGUUACAGGGUACUCAACUGUGGAAACCCCUCCCCCACCCAUUGCACAUACGGUAUUUCUGGACUUCCCGGUCCACUCCGUUGGUCUGUUCCUUGCCCUUGGCCAAUGAUGUGAUGUCUUUGUUACUAUAGCUCUGUAGGAUAUCUUUAUGCUGGUUAGGCAAGUCCCACAAUCUUGCUUUUCUUUCUUGGAAACGACUCGGCUGUUCUGGACCCUUACACUUUCAUUCAAGUUGUAGAACCAGGUCGUCAAGACACAUCAAAAAAAUUAAAAUUAAA